AUGUAUGUCCGCUAUGCAGAGACAGGCCGUGUAAAUUGGUCCCGCAACAUAGCCCUCCACCACGACCCCGAAAACAGCAAGGAAUGGUCGCAGCUCAUGGGCUCCACGAGCGUAGGCUACAUACUAAAGAGCAUCAAGGUGGACUUUAAAUUUCCCAUGAUGUUCCCAGACCAAAUCAGCGUCUAUCACAAACUAUCAAACGAGCCACCAGCACCGAAUGAUCCGAAUCCACGCCACUUCUCCAACCUCCGUCUUGACGUGUUGAUCAUGUCCGAAGCCAAGCAGCGUCCUGCUGCUCGAUGUGAGGAAGACGUAGUACUGUACGAUUACAGAAUUGCAAAGAAAUUGAACAUCUUGCCUACAUGGAUGUUGGUGCAGUAUCGGAAGCUUUGGGAGGCGCAAGAGGUUGCUAAGCAGGCCAAUAGGGAGAAAGUCAAGGAUAUUGAGAGGAGGGUAAGGGAGUUAGAGGUUGGUACAUGGGAUAGGGAGGGUGCUGUCGAGAGCAUGGGUUCUGCUGCUAGCAGCUAG